CCCUAACAAACAACCACCGCAUCCAAAACCAGAAGAGGCUGAGCAAAGUCUGAGAUGGCGGAUCAGCAUCGGGAAGUUUGAUCUGUCAUUUCUUGCCUGUAACGUGUUUCGAUGGUUUGCCUCUGAGAACAGAACACUCCAACUUUACCAAAUUCCUAUACGCUCCCGCUAUUCCUCACGUAUUCUUCAAAUUCACACAAAGAAUCCAACCACAUUUCCCACCUACAAAUCCCACAUCGAAAACACUUUGCCUAAUUUUGUUCCAACCCUUAUCUACCAUAUCUUCCUAAUCCCCCCAAUUCAACAAUGCCGCGGCCUAGCCGCUACAAGCCCUUCAAUGACCGCUUGGAGCGAGCCCUCAACCAGCACAUUCGCCUCCUGCACCGCUCCGGUGCCACCUUCUUCAUCCUCGGCGACACGGGCAAUGUGUACACUGCGACCAUCACCACUUACCCUAAAUGCAGCUGCCCUGACCCUGUAACACCAUGCAAGCAUUUGCUGUUUGUGUAUCUCCAAGUGUUGGGUCUUUCAGCCGAUGGUCUCAGGGACGGCACGUUCUCGCAGUGGGAGGUGCAGUGCAUGCUGGGGCGGGACACGCUGCCUGAAUCGCUGGCCGGGGAAAGCGUGCGGCAGUGGUUUCAUCAGCUGUAUGAUUUUCAGGGCAGGCAGAGGCAGCAGGGGUCUUCUUCGUCGUCGAGGCCAAGAGUGGUGAUUGAAGAGGGUACUUGCUGCCCUGUUUGUUUGGAUGAGAUGGGGAAGCAAGACAAAGUGGUGGCUUGUGGGACGUGUAGAAACCCGAUACAUGAGGAAUGCUUCUUGAAGUGGAAGAGGAGCGCGAGGAAGAAGCCAGCUCAUUGUGUGAUGUGCAGGGCGAGAUGGGGGUCGAUCCAGCAGGAGCAGGAGAAGUACUUGAACUUGGCGGCUUACGCUAGUACGAGCGAGGAGGAUGAGGACGAAGACGAAUAUGAAUGAUGAUCUGCACUGUGAUGGUUAAAAGUGGGGUGAUUGUAAAUAAAUUGGUAGUAGAUGAUGUAAAUUUGCUAUGGAAUGAUAGAAGUGCGUAGCUCCUAGUGUGGGAAUUUUGUCUGAAUUUCAUGUGGAAUGAAUGAAUGCUUCCAUUUCCAGGUUUAA